UUUUGUUUUCUUUGUCUUAAUUUCUGUUUAUUUUUAUUUUUUGUUGUUGUUAUGGUGGUUGUCGUUCUGGGGAUUUUUUGUCUCUGGUUGAAUCACUCUUUAUACCACACCUCCUCAGAGUGAUGUUUGUUUGUUCGUUGAAUUUGUAAUUUCUGUAUUCAGUGGCAGUUUGUCACAGUCACACUACCACCAAGAGACUUGCAAAUGAAUGUAAUAUCCUGUAUAUCCCAACUUUUUGGGGGUAGUCCUGUUCUACCUCUGUCUAAAGUAUUUGCAAAAUCAAUAAAAAGAUUUGAAAAGAAAGAAAUCAGCUGUCACCGAUGCAAUAAAUCUGUGAUACGAGAACCCAAGAAAACGUUAGCAGUUCCAACCGAAAAACCUGAAGCUGACUCACCAAGUUGUGCGACUCUCUCCUCUUCGUCGUGGCAGGACGACUACGUGGAGGCUCUGAGUAGGCUGCAUCUCACCGUGACCCGUGCCUACAAGGUCAACCCGGAGAUCAACUUCGAGGUGUUCAUCCACAAAGUGGACGGCCUGUCAGACGACCACAAGAUCGAGAAGCAGCGGGACAUUCACAAGCGGGCCAACGAUGACCUUGCAGAUGCCGGCCUGGAACGCAUACAUCUGAGCUUCUACUUAACCAGUAUAUACGAUCACUCCAUAUUCGAGGCUUUCAGUAAAGUGGUCCAAAAGCUUAUUCCACAGCUGCCCACGCUGGAAAACCUGCUCAACAUCUUCAUAUCUAACUCGGGCAUUGAGAAGGCCUUCCUGUUCGACGUGGUCAGUAAGAUUUACAUUGCCACGGACAGCAGUCCAGUGGAUAUGCAGACAUACGAGCUUUGCUGUGACAUGAUCGAUGUGGUCAUUGACAUCUCCUGCAUCUACGGUCUGACGGACAGUGAAGCCGGUUUACCCUACGACAAGGAGUCCAUGGCCAUCAUCCACCUGAACAACACCACGGUCAUGUACCUGAAGGAGGUCACCAAGUUCCUCGCUAUGGUCUGCUUCGUCCGUAAGGAAAGUUUUGAGAGAAAAGGACUGAUCGACUACAACUUCCACUGCUUCAAGAAAGCCAUCCAGGAGGUGUUCGACGUUCGGGUGAAGGUUCAACAGAAUCGCAAACUUCUCAGUCAGAGGAGGUGGAGCAAACUGACUGUGACCAAUGGGGUGCUCAGUAACCCCCGCUGAGGAGCGAUGACAUCACACCGGACAGCCAGGUGUACCUGAGCUGCACCCCUACACAUCCGGGAGACUCAGCUACUUAUGAACACAUUGACCAACCCCCCGUCCUCUCUGCUCGGAUGUCGAUUUUGGGCUCAGUCCAGCUCCGAAGAACUGGUAUGUUCUUCGGAGCCCAGUUUAACAUUUCUUUCAAAUUAAAAGUAUGCCUAUAAGCAGUUUCUGUUUGUAUGUUAUGUCCCAAUGAAUGUACAGACAAUUACUGGAUUACUUUGACACUGAAGGGAAUAAUUCAUAAACCUGAUGAUUUUUAAUACAUUUUUUUUUUAUUACACUAUAUUGAUCCCUUUCAGGGAGGAAAUUUGUCUCUGCAUUUGACCCAUCCCUGUAUAUAGGGAGCAGUGGGCUGCCAAUGACAGGUGCCCGGGGAACCCUGUCAGUUGGGUUCCGUGUAUUGGUCAGGUACACUUCGACACGUGACACGUCCCAGUAGAGGAUCGAACCGUUGACCUUCCUGUUCUCAGACAACCCUCUUAACACAGUGAGCCACGGUCGGUCCAUUUUAUGGAUGUUUAUGUCUUUGAGAGACUUUACUGUGUCAUCUACAAAGACAUUGGCACUGUGAAACCGAAGUGGGCCGAAGUGUGUUUUUCUAGGACUUUAUGAAGGACACAUGUCUUCUGACCACAUCUAGGUUAUUUGAAUUAUGGCAACUUGGUAAUAUUUUAUAAUCAUCGUAGUUAUUUAUAGCUGUGAUGACUGCAAUCUUGCUACUUACCCUACUUUGAAAGAUCCUUUUAUGGUUGACGUCAUUCAAACUAUGCGUGCGCAUGUUGGCAACUGAAGCGGCGUUUGGCCCAGCCUUUGAGAUGAGUUAGCAAGCUCUUUAAAAAAACAUCAAAUUGUUACCAGCAUCAAAGUGUCUGGUUGUUACAUGUUCGGUUGUCACAAUCGAUAUUCUAGCAUCAGACUCAAGUUCUGCAGAAUUCAGACAGGAUCUUGCACAUUUCAGUUUAACAGGUGACUAUGUUAAGUGGUGACUUUCUGCCCAAUGCAUCUGUGGUUGCACAUAGUAAUGUAUGUUAAGGGUUGGCAGGGAUAAUAAACCCAGAUGAGUAUGUAUUUAACAUGGAUUGAAGGCUUUUACGAGGACACCUACGUUUCAUGGGGUAUGACGCUCUGUCCACUGAUAACGUAGCUUGAAGCAUCUAGGGACUUGUAGUUCGUAAUGUCUCACUGCUGUAACGCUAAAUACUUGUAGAUAUGUGGCCACUUGCUAAUGUAUUCUACAUACUCACUAACUUCUAGUUUGUUUAGGUUACAUUGGUCAUCUUUGGUGGUCAAUGCCACUGAGCACUGAGGGUAGCAGGCCUUUCUGUGAAGCGUGCUUGUAUUAGACAGGCCUUUAUUUACAAUUCACUUUGUUUGAUAUGUUUAUUUAGUCUUAUUUUAGUAUUCAAUUCAAUUUAUUUUGUAUAGCCCAAAAUCCCAAUUUACAAAUUCUCGUCAGAGGGAUUUACAAUCUGUACACAUGUGACAUCCUCUGUCCCGGGACCCUCACAUCGGAACAGGUAGAACUCCCCCAAAAGCCCUUUAAUGGGGAGAAAAUAGGGAGAAACCUGAGGGAGAGCAACAGAGGA